AUGACCGCUAAACUUAACCAUUUAAAGACGGAAUAUUCGCGCUUAGAAAACGAAAAAAACGAGUACGAGGGAACGAUUACAACACUGCAGGAACAACACAAAGAGGACAGUUUACGUCGUGCCAAAGAAUACAAAGAGAUUAGUAAUAAUGUUGUUGAAAUGAACAUCGCGUUGAAGCAAAUUCGGCGACAACACGAAGACCUGAAGAGCGAAAACGUCGUCGAUUUGAGUAAGUUGUUAGCAAAUGUAGGGAAAUUUCAGGAGUUGUAUGAAAAAACCGCGGAAGCGAGUCGAGAGGAGUUGGACGGAAAAGUUCGCGAGUUUCGCCAAAAAGAGGAAGAAAGUCGGAACCGAGUUGAAGAAGCCGAAACUCGGGUGAAGCAACAUGAAGAACAACAAGAACAAUUUUUGAAGAGAGUGAUGGAGUUGGAGGCGCAACUUGAAGAAAUUGAACAUUUGAAGAUUCAGCACGGUCACGAGAAAGAAGAAAUUUUGAAGAAGCUCGACGCCAACGAAGCGAAGGUUCUACUUCUUGAAGACAACUUGAAAGAUGUGGACGUACUGACGGGGCUGCAAAUGAACGAGAAGAUCCAAGAAGUAGAAGCCCGGUGGAGGGAGAAAUUAGAACACGAAGAAAAAGAAUCAGAAGCUGUUUGA